AUGCAUUUAAUUUUUGAGAUUAUAUUAGUAAUACUCUAGAAUUAAAGCCAAUUCACAAUUUAUCCUUUAAGAAGAGGAAAAUGCAGAAUAAACUUUGCAUACUAAACAAUUGCUUUUGAACAUGAGAUAGAGAGUGUUAAAUUGUUGUUCCUUCUAAAUAGACAUUCUAUAAUUUUUUUAUUUUUAUAUAUAUUAAUAAAGUAUUUAUUAAAAUUAUAGGCUGCUAAUUCUAUAGGUGGUUAAGAAGGUACCUAUAAGAAAAUAGCUAGAUUAAAUUUAAUUAAUAAGAGGUAUGAUAAUAUAAUGAAUUUAUGUAGAAUAACUUAAAGCUUUUAAUUUACAGCACACGCCUGGGAAGGUAUAAUCAUUAUUAAAUAUUAAAGCUGAAAAUGAAAAAGAAUUGGAGCAACUAAAAUAAAAUUACUUCUAUUAUUAUAAACUUGUGCUGCUAAUUUAUUUUCAGUGUUCUUAAUGUAAGAUGGAAUUGUUUAUAUUUAUGGAUUAGGUUUUGGAAAUUUAUAAAAAUUAAACUAUAAAUGUAACAAGUUUUAUUUAUUUAUAGAAAAGUUUAUUAAGGUUGAUGGUUAAAGUAAUCCAAUAGGUUUAAAUUAAACAAAUGAAUUAAUAUUUUUUCAAUUAGAUGAAUAACUAAUGUAUAUUAAAGAGUUUAGUAAAGGUUAAUUAAUUGGAAUGUGUAUAGGAGAUAAAGCUAAUUAACGGUAAUUUGAUUCAGAAUAAAAAAAAAUUACAUAAUUAAAUCAAUUGA